CUGGACCUGAGCAGCAUCAUCGCCGAGGUGAAGGCGCAGUACGAGGACAUCGCCAACCGCAGCCGCGCCGAGGCCGAGGCCUGGUACCAGACCAAGUUCGAGGAGCUGCAGGCCACGGCGGGCAGACACGGCGACGACCUGCGCAACACCAAGGGGGAGAUCUCGGAGCUCAACCGGCUCAUCCAGAGGAUCCGCUCCGAGAUCGAGAACACCCGGAACCAGUGUGCCACCCUCCAGACGGCCAUCGGGGACUCCGAGGAGCGCGGCGAGCUGGCCCUCAAGGACGCCAAGGCCAAGAUGAUGGACCUGGAGGACGCCCUGCAGAAGGCCAAGGCCGACAUGGCCCGGCAGCUCCGCGAGUACCAGGAGCUCAUGAACGUCAAGCUGGCCCUGGACAUCGAGAUCGCGACCUACAGGAAGCUGCUGGAGGGGGAGGAGAGCAGGUGGGGGCAGAAUCCCGUCGGGAAUUCGGCAGCUUGUGGUUUUCCCUGGCUCAGCGGGGAGGGACUGAACCCCAUCAGCUACU